AUGAAAACGUAUGGAGAAGUUUCACUUCUAAAACUAAACGUUUUUCCAACCAUUGCCGAUUAUUGUUUAUACGCAUGGGAUUGCGAAACCUAUUGCGAAAAAGAAACGAAUAAAGCCAUUCCUUAUUGUUGUACUUUAGUCAAUUUGGAAAAACUGAGGAAAAGAUUAGAUGAUUAUAAUAAUUACUUAAGUGAUUUAAGUGAUUUUAAUGAGACUCUAGAUUAUAAGCCGUCAGAUCCCAUUUCAGAAAUAUUUGUAGGUACAGAUUGUAUAGAUCAAAUGUUACAACGUUUAGGAAAAGUAGAUCAGAAAAGACUAACCUUAAUUUCCCAUAACGGCAGUGGUUUUGAUAACUGGAUCAUGAUCAAAAACUUAAAAAAACUAACACAAUGCCCUUUAAAAACAGCUAGAGGAAUUCUGUCUCUACCUUUAACUAAUUCAUUCACUGAUGAAUAUUUACAGAAAAAAUGGAAAAGACAGAAAGAUAUAAAGGGUAACUCUAAUUAUUUGCAAAAUAUUAAUUUAACAUGUUCCUAUCAACACGAAUCAUCUAGUUUGGCAGCAUGGGGAAAUUCAUCUAAUCUACCAAUGAAUUUGAGAAAGAUCGAGGAUGUUAAUAUUGCAAAAUACACUAAAGAUAAUUGGGAAUCUUUAAGACCUGAAUGGGAACCUUACGCUAAAAGAGAUACUCUAUGUCUCGGAGCUUGUUUGAUAAAAUACAAUCAAGCCAUGAAAAAAACUGUCUUCCAAAACGUUUCCAAUAAUCUAACGUCUCCUUCUUUAUCUUUAAAGGGUUGGUAUUAUUUAUAUCAUUACGAUAAAGAAAUGGUUGAAGAAGAAUGGUAUGAAAGUACUAGAAUGGUUCCGAAACAUACGGAAAAACAAAACGUAGAAAAAGUUUACUCGCAUACUCACCCUUUUAUAAGAUAUUUUAUCAGACAAAGUAUUAAAGGAGGAAGAGUUUCGGCAAAUCGAAAAUCAUUUGAAACGGAUAAAAUGAAUGAGAUCUGCGCCAUAUUAAAAGAAUACAAUGAAAGUGACACUGAAGGAAUAAUAGAUUUAUUCAAAGAAUACAGUGUUAACCCAAAAGAUAAAACGGAAGUUCACGCUAAACUCAAAGAACUGGACUAUUCUAAACUGAUGGCAUUUGACGCUAAUGGGUUGUACGCUUCCGCCAUGACAGAAGGUGAAUAUCCUAAAGCGGAAAGUGCAGGAGCGUUUCUACCAGAAGAAGAAAAAGAAUUUGUAAAACUCUUCAAUAAACAAAAAUUCAGACCUAGAACUGCUAUUUUAAAAGUUUGGUUUGAAUAUCCCAAAAAAAUGUUCUUUCAACCCAUACCAGCUAAAGAUAAAAUGACUUUUACGAAUAGAAUAGGUCAGAAGGAAACUGGCACUAAAAUCAGGUUCAGAAAUGGUUUCUGUCACGACGUUUUAACAUCAGUUGAUAUUCAAGAAAUAGUGAAAUCCGGUGGUAAAAUUAUUAGAAUAUUAGAUGGUAUAGUUUACGAAGAAAAUUUUAAAACUCCACCAUACAGAGAUUAUAUUUUAAUUUUGAAGGAAUUAAGGAAUAAAUACAAAAAAGAAGGAGAUAUGGUUGCUAGUAAUUGCAUGAAAUUAUUAGGUAAUUCCUUAUACGGUAAAUCUAUUCAAAAGGAUAUAAAUACAUCGAGACAUCUAUGGAGUGAAGCCAACUUCGAUUCACACGUCAAAAGCUAUGAAAAAGUAAAUGAUAGUCAAUAUAUAGUUGAGAUGAAUGAAGAAGAAAAAGAGUUUGUUCCUCCAAAGGAGGAGGAGAUUAACACCCACUCAUUUAGGUGCAUUUAUAUUAUCUCACAGUAA